UCCCGGGACAGCGCCGCCGCCGCCCGCCCGGCCCCGCCCGCCUCGCUCCCGAAUCCGCGGGGUCCGGUCCGGCCCUCCCGGCGCGGGGCAGCGCGGGUCACCGACGAAGGGGCAGCGGGGAGCGGCCCUUCCCCGCCCCCGGCGGCGUCCCCUCCCCGCGGGGCGGCUCUGACGGCGCUCUCUCCCGCAGCUGCACCUGGGCAGGAGCGCGCCGCGCCGCCGCGAUGACCACGCUGGCCGGGGCCGUGCCCAGGAUGAUGCGGCCCGGAGCCGGGCAGAGCUACCCGCGCGGCGGCUUCCCGUUGGAAGUCUCUACCCCUCUAGGCCAGGGCAGAGUCAAUCAGCUCGGAGGAGUGUUCAUCAACGGGCGGCCGCUGCCCAACCAUAUCCGCCACAAGAUCGUGGAGAUGGCGCACCACGGCAUCCGGCCCUGUGUCAUCUCCCGGCAGCUGCGCGUGUCCCACGGCUGCGUCUCCAAGAUCCUCUGCCGCUACCAGGAGACGGGCUCCAUCCGCCCGGGGGCCAUCGGCGGCAGCAAACCCAAGGUGACGACGCCGGACGUGGAGAAGAAAAUCGAGGAGUACAAGCGGGAGAACGCGGGGAUGUUCAGCUGGGAGAUCCGCGACAGGCUGCUCAAAGACGGCGUCUGCGACCGCAACACCGUGCCCUCAGUGAGCUCCAUCAGCCGCAUCCUGCGGAGCAAGUUCGGGAAAGGCGAGGAGGAGGAGGCCGAGCUGGAGAGGAAGGAAGCGGAGGAAGGAGACAAGAAGACGAAGCACAGCAUCGAUGGCAUCCUCAGCGAGAGAGCAUCAGCACCCCAGUCCGAUGAAGGCUCUGAUAUCGAUUCUGAACCAGACUUACCUUUAAAAAGAAAGCAGCGUCGCAGCAGGACAACCUUCACAGCAGAGCAACUGGAAGAGCUGGAAAGAGCUUUUGAGAGGACACACUACCCUGACAUUUAUACUCGGGAAGAACUCGCACAAAGAGCCAAACUCACAGAAGCUCGAGUUCAGGUCUGGUUUAGCAACCGCCGUGCUAGAUGGAGGAAGCAGGCAGGAGCCAACCAACUGAUGGCUUUUAACCACCUGAUCCCAGGAGGGUUUCCACCCAGCGCCAUGCCGACUCUGCCGACAUACCAGCUCUCUGAGCCGUCCUAUCAGCCCACCUCCAUACCGCAAGCCGUGUCUGAUCCAAGCAGUACAGUCCAUAGACCUCAGCCUCUCCCUCCAAGCACUGUACACCAAAGCAGCCUCCCUUCGAACCCAGAGAGCAGCUCUGCCUAUUGCCUACCCAGCACCAGGCAUGGAUUUUCCAGCUAUACAGACAGCUUUGUGCCUCCGUCCGGGCCCUCAAAUCCCAUGAACCCUGCCAUUGGCAAUGGCCUUUCACCUCAGGUAAUGGGACUCUUGACUAACCAUGGUGGUGUGCCUCACCAGCCCCAAACUGAUUAUGCCCUGUCCCCUUUGACUGGAGGUCUGGAGCCCACCACCACUGUCUCAGCCAGCUGCAGUCAGCGGCUAGAUCACAUGAAGAGUUUAGACAGCCUGCCUACAUCGCAGUCCUACUGCCCUCCAACCUACAGCACCACCGGCUACAGCAUGGACCCUGUCACAGGCUACCAGUAUGGGCAAUAUGGACAAAGUGCCUUUCAUUAUCUGAAGCCAGAUAUUGCAUAAAUGAACUGUCCACUUCAAGUUAAAGCUGGUGUUGUUUUCCGGUCUCGCUCCAGAGCUUGGAUACCAGGGAUCUUCUCUAUACACUGCAGUCUAAACUGGGGCAAUCCCAGUGAGAGAAGUAGGCUUGUUCUGUUCUCUCCAGUCAUAGCUUUUAGUAGACUUUUGAAGACUGAACAAAGCUAUACAGAAGACAAAGGCCAAAAGCAAUAAUGAAUAAAUAAAUGCUACAUAGUUCAUUAUGAGUGGGUAUACAAAACAGAGCAGAAUUUAAUAUUGCUGUCUGGCAAAACAUUCCGUUUUUUUGUUGAAAUUAAUGUGCAUUGAUUGGGAUAAAAGGAACAUUUUGAAAUUUAGCAGUUGAGCUCUGCGUACUCUGACUCAUCUGGCAUCCAGUGCUGACUUCAGUCUAACUGCAGUUAAACUUCAUUUAAAGCUGCCCAGUUUCUGAAGCAUGGGCAGCAGAACCUUUUUCGUUACACACUGGAAAUUGUCAUCAAGAGGAAAUGUCACAGUCCAUAGGAAGCUAGGAUAAAUGCAAAGGACUUCCAGAGCAACUUACUAGUAAUCUUACUAUGCUUCUGUAAUCAUGUUGUCAAUAAAUGUCACAAGUUUUGCUUUACCAAGAGACAGGAUCUCAUGUAACAUGGAAAAUACAUUUUAUCUUUUUAUGUGGA